AGCAAUCAGUGAACAUUGUGAAUGUGGGUUUCUCGCGCUACGUUUGCUAUUGAUUUCUUGUUAACGUGUGGAAGGUAAUUUUAGAGCCGCGAGACUGAUGUGUUGUGUUUGGUUUAUAUCUGCAGUAGAUGCCCCUGCCUCCGAUGUAAACGAGCGACUGAGCUUUACCGUGCCAGUGUAGGCAUAUAUAUUAUGAGUGUGGACACAUCAGUCUCCUAUUUUGCUCCUUCGCACUUACGGCAGUAGCUGGAGGCCGGAUCGUCACAUGUGCUUUUUGUGAUGCACCGAGGAAGUUCAAUAUGGAUUGUACUAUGAUUUUUCUUGCAUAAGGAUAAAAGGAUAUGUUCCGUCUUUUCAGGAUUUUCGAAAUCUUGGAAUAAGAUAUCCUGUUUCAUUUAUAUGUUUGCUAUGUUUCUCGUCUGAUUGUGUAGAUUGAAAAGGAGGAAAAUCAACUACACGCUGAAUGUCAGGUGUUGAUACCUACAGUGAAGCACGUUUAUAUCUGAAAUGUGUUUACAUUUGGUCCCUUUUGAUAUAACUUAGAUGUGGCCUUAUUAAUUAAGCAAGUGAACACAUUCGUGCCGAUAACUGCAUAUCGCUUCUUGUGACAACAAAAUAACACAGCGUUUCACUGAGCUUUCCACAAUUUUCCCGGUCUUUAUAUAGAUCUGAUAGGAUAGAAAGCUUGCAUCAACGUUUUUUAUUGUUAUUGUGAGGGGAAAUAUUAAAGAAAAACAAACUCGUCAUCGACAUGGGAAACUGCAUCUGCUGUCGAAGGAGGUGCGCGUCUCGAAAUGUUUCAUCCCCGAAGAAGUUGAAGAGGGGCGAAAGCGUCUUCGAUCAGCACCCGUGGCUAAGGAAACUCCAGAGCGGUCUUAUCACCAUCUUCCUGCUCCUCAUCCUCAUCGGUUACUCCGUCAUCGGCGCUGCCGUGUUCGUCGUGCUGGAGAGCAAUACCGAGCUCGAGGCGCUACAUCGAUACGAAGAGGCACGACGAGAUUUCCUGGGAGAUGUCACGAACAUUACCCUUAGUUUUGCGUCUUUAGAAGGUACCGAUUCUGUCGACGUCGAUGACAUGAAGAUGAAACUGGCCGAUCUCGUCGAUGACUACGAAGAUGUAAUGCACAAUGUUCUUUGCCAACACCAUACUUCAGUCCAGACAAGAAACGCCACCGGUAAACCCAGGUGGAAUUUCUUUGGAGCUUUGUUCUUCUCCGCCACCGUCAUCUCAACAAUAGGUUUAUUACUGCCUUUUGAUUGUGGAAUCUUAAUGGUCUGUGAAAUCGUGUGGCUGUGGCAACAACCACAGUGGAAUGCAUGA